ACACCUAUUUGAACAGGAUACACUUUGCUGCUUACACCUAUUGCUUACACUUUGAAAUAUUUGCUGCUAGUUUGAGUCAUUGUUAAUCGGAUAGAUUAGCAGGUUCAGUUAUACGAUAAAACAACAUGUCUUUAGUUAAUAGAUGCCAUACGGUGAGUAGAUGGAAGGGGAAGAGUAUGAUGGCGACGUUCCAGGAUUCCGUUAUAAUUUCGAUUCUAUUGAAAGCUUGGUAUUUAUUGAGCUCACUCAUAUUGCCGCUAUAUUUGUUAAAUCCAGAAGGGAAAGAAGAUGACGGUAUAGAAGGGAAAGAAGAUGACGGUAUAGAAGGGAAAGAAGAUGACGGUAUAGAAGGGAAAGAAGGGAAAGAAAAUCAAGGUAAUGAAGGUGAAGAAGAAGUUAAGUUAUUUCCAUCCAUUACUAAUGAAGAGAUUUCAAAUGAAUUUGGUAGUGCUAAACCGUGUUCAACAGGAUUAACAACUAGAUUAUUGCCAUUCAAGAAUUCAAAUGGAGAAAUUGAAUGGGCAUUCACGGAAGAUAACCUAUCCGGAAAUGAAUUGGACUCAUUUAAAAUGAAUAACGAAUUAAGCCCAGUAACAUCAUCAUCAUCAAAUAAUGAUUCAAUUUUAUCGAAGAAAAAAUCAAAUAACCAAGUUUCUAAUCAUGAAACACCAUUAAGUUCAACAUCGGAUUCAAGUCCCUUUCUGCCAAACGACGAUGAAAAAUCAAAUGAUAAAAUACAUCAAUGUCCUCAUUGUGACGCAGUUUUCAAAAUUAGAGGUUAUUUAACUCGUCACUUGAAGAAACAUGCGGUUAAAAAAGCUUAUUCUUGUCCAUUCCAUAAAUUUUCAAUUUACAUUGAUGAAAAUAAUAUCACUCACAAAUGUCAUCCAAAUGGAGGUUUUUCAAGAAGAGAUACUUACAAAACUCAUUUAAAAUCAAGACAUUUCAAAUAUCCAAAGGGAACUAAAACAAAAGAAAGAUCUAAUUCUCCCGGUAAUUGUAGUAUGUGUGGUGAAUAUUUUGCUAAUAGUGAAAUUUGGUGUGAAAUUCAUGUUGAAGGUGGUGAAUGUAAAUUUUUACCAAUUGGGUUUAAAGGUAAAUCAAGAAUUAAAAAUCGUUUAAGAAAACAAUUACUGAAAAAAUUGAAAGAUAAUAAAAUUAAUGAUGCUACAGUUAAUGCUGCCGCUAAAGCAGUGGUUAAUCCUUCAAAUAAUAAUCAUCGUAAUGGUAAUUCGAUUUCUUCAAAUUCUUCUUCUCAAGAUGAUUAUAAUACUCCUCCUUUAGAUACUCCUACUUCAAUGACUUCAAUGACUCCAAUUAGUCAUCAACAACUGCAACCUCAACAACCACAACCUCAACAGCCUCAAUAUCAAACUUCUAAUUCUCCAACUUUAUCAAUAAGUUCUUCCAUUAAUGGUAAUCCAACUCCUUCUAAUUUAAAUAACCCAAUUCAACAAUUACAUCAUCAACAACAAGAACAAGUUAAUCAUUUACAACAACAGGCUCAACAACAAUCAAACCCUCUUCAAUAUCAACAACAAGCCAUUCAAAAUGUUCAAUUACCCCAAUUCGAACAAUUUCAACCCCAUUCUCAUCUUUUACCAAAAAUGGAUAAUUUCGAAGACUAUGAUGAUGAGUUUUGUCUUGAUACUGAACAGUUAAAUUUCAUUGACUAUUCAAAUGAUUAUAUGGACCUUUUGAAAAAUCAUGAUAAUUCAAUCUUAAAUCAACCUUUGAAUAAUAAAAAUCAAAAUACUAAUUCAAAUAAUAUCGAUCAUUUAAAUAAUAUCAAUAAUUAUAAUAAUCUAAAUGUUGAUAUUAACUUGAAUAACUUUAAUUCUUACAUGAAUUCUCAAACUCAAUUUCAAGGAUACUAG